AAAUAAUUAAGACACACAAAAAAGAUAAUCAAGAGUAAGCUUCAUUCAUAUAUCAACCCAGAAAAAAAAUACAAUACUAUAAAGAAGAGUAUCGGAUCAAGAGGUCUAGCAUAUUAUCAAAGAGAGAAAGAGAAAGAGAGAUGGCAAAAGAAAUUCCUUCGAAAUUGGGACUUGUGUUGUUGCUCCUAGUGAUACUUUUGGUCCAAUGCUUUAACGAAUGUGCUCUUGCGUCUCCACAAAAGUUACGCCCAUCAUCAGGAUGGAGAAGAAAGAUGGCACGAGUAAAAUCAUCAAAAAGUGAUCGAGGUAGUGGAGGUGGACCUGGUGGCGGCUAUCAUUUGCCAUUGCCCCCACCUCCACCACCGCCUUCACCAUUUCUGAUGUGGCCGCCAUCAUCAGAGCAACUACCAUUGCCGUGAUUCGAAGAGAUACAAGCUUCUACAGAGCGUCAACCCAAGAUACAUCUUUCUUGGUCGCUGUGAAUGCAACUUAAAAUGUUAAGAUUAUAGUUCAUAAUCAUUAUUCUCUGCACUUUUAUGGUUUUAUUAAUAAAGAGUUUACAUUUACGGUUUAUUCAAUGUUUGAUCUGAUUUGAUCUGGUUGAUAUAAUGCGGAAAGAGCUUUCCCCUCCGAAGGGUUAUUAUAUACGAAAGAGAAAUGUCCUAGAAGAGAAAUUAGUUAGACUGAUUAUUGAAUAUUUGUAAGAUAGAAGUGUAUUUGCUAGUUUGCUGGCUGUGAAUUGAACAUAAAGGGACAAGACAAGUCAUUGUAUCGACAAGUAAAAAAAGAAGAGAUUUGUUACAAGAAGAAAAAACUAUAGUGUG